AUGACGACGGUCCUGGAGGUGUCAGAGGCGGACAGCGUGACCGGGCACCCGUACAGCUUGGCGGUGACCGCGCCUGAACGAGUGACCUUUGUCAAGGGCACGUGUCGGGAGGAGGCGAGGUGGUGGUCUGACGUGCUUAGUGUAUACCCUCGGAGUAAGGGUCGACACAAGCGAAACGCAACGUUCCCCGGGGGUCAAACUGCGAGUCUGCUGCAGUCUUCCACAACAAGAAAAUAUUCAGCAGACGCAUCUACGCUCCGUGACGCUGCAGACGGGUGCCAAGCGACUAGACCCCGGUACUGUUCUGGAGGUACUACCACGUGGCCAGGACCAAGAGUGCAGCCCCCCCAGCCUGAAAUCCCCAGCCUUGCUGCACCAACGCCCAUAGACACCAAAGUAUACACAGACCAACCAGUGUCAUCAGCCUCCCCACCAACUCGUGAUAAAAUUAACGGGGAAGAGAAGGCAAGGUCGCGACGUCGGGAUACCUGGACAGAGCCCACCACGCCCCCUGUCAACGACGAUGCCAACGUAGGAGUCCGCUCACCUCUACUACAACAACAACACCAGCAAUACGACGAACAGCUUCGGGACAUCGCGGCAUCUCUCACCAGACCAAGAUCGAGACGAGCCCUACCACCCACCCUCGAAAGACCUACAAGACUACCGCCUCCUGACAGGCUACCGGCUCGAGGCUCGCCCGAUGGCGGUGUGCCAGCAGAAGAGCCCAGCUCGAGUUCAGCAAGCGAGGGUAGUGAACCUACUGACGUCGUCGAACCUACAGAGUCUGCAGAAGGAGGCAGAGUUGAACUGCCAGCAGAAAGACUUUUACACGCAAGAGCUGGCUGGUUACAAAGGAGAGGCGCCGGAGGCUGGUCAAGACAUUGGUUCGUACUGAGAGGAGCGGCUUUAUUAUACUUCAGGGAUCCUCAUGCAGAGCAUAGAGGGUUGAUGGAUGGAGUGAUUGACCUGAGUGGCAUAUCGAGGGUUGUAGAGCUGCCGACUUCAGCAUCAACUAAUGGAUAUGCUUUUGAAACUGAGACAUGGGACGGAAAACAUAUAGUAUUAUCUGCGGUGACGGCAGGGAUUAGGGCGAAUUGGGUAUCGGCUAUGCGAAGAACGGCCGGUUUACCCGACACAGGACCAUUAUCGUUAAUCUUACGCGAGGACACAGUUGAUCAAGCGUCAGAAUCUUCAACUUCUCCUAUAACACCAGUCACACCUAUCACUGGUAAGUCAGCGCCCUUUUCAUCAGACGAAGAAUACCGAACGGCUUCAGAGGGUGGACGAAGAGAUAGUGCUGAUUGGGGUGAUAUGGGACCACAACCCCCACCAUCACCAAUUCUUAAUAGAACUCCGAUAUCGAAAGUCAAGGAAAAGAUACGUGGUCGAAACAAUCAUCCAACAACACCACGAUCGGAUAAUCCAAAAGUUGACAGAGACGAAAUAGACUCUACCAAAGAAAAAGAACGUAUCAUGGAUGAAAAUGAAGAACACGAAAAACCGAUCGAAGCGAGAAAACGUAGCUAUAUCUCGACUAUCGACAAACAAUCCAUAGAAAUAGAUGAUCUAAAAAAACAAUUGAAACUUGCACUAAAUGACGUAAGUGCGGCUGAGGCAGAGCUAUCAAGGCUGCAGAAACUAAAAUUAGAGGCUACGUUGAAAGAAAAAAAGAUGGAGGAGCUUGUCACAACAUUACAACAGAAAGAAGAAGAAUUGUCAUUGAGAACUAAAGAGGCUGAAAAUUUGGAUGCCAUUAAGGUGCUCUAUAAUCAAGAUAAAACUCUUUGGGAGAGUAAAUUGACAGAGACGCAGAAUUUUCUUAAGGAAUCCACAGAACAUUGUGAGUUGUUGACGAGGCAGUUGACCUCUGCACAAGAAACUAUUAUUCAGUUACAAAAAGAUCUGAAUGAUUUAAAUGAAAAGCUACUCAAGAGCGUGAAAGAGAACGAUAAUUUGUAUAUUAGGAUACAAGACCUUGAGAACCGAUCACAUGUAGAAUCCGCUUCACCCACUAAGGAAAAACGAAAGAGUAUGGAUUCCCUUAGUGACUUGACAAAUAUAAACCAAGACUUGGAUCUUGAAUCCUUAGAAAAGGAUAAGCUAAUAGAAGAGUACGUCGAGUUAAGGGACCGAUUUUCAAAAGCAAUUCACGAAAUCAAAACCAUGAAAAAAGAACUACGAGAUUCACAUAACAUGUAUGAUGAACUGGAAAUUACGAAUAUCAAAUUGAGGAAUGAAAUGAAGCUCCGAGAGCAGUGCAGCAGGUCUGAAAUUGAUUUAAUGGCAGCGCGAAUAUUAGAUUUGACACAAAAGCUAACAGCUUCAGACAAACAAGUGCGAACACUUAAACAUAAGAUACAAAAGUCGGAGUCUAGAGAGAAAAGAAGAAGCCUAUCACUAAAAGGUAGAGAAUCCCUCACUCUAGGUAAAGAAGUAGAAGAGAAGUUAACUGAACUGGAAAACAAGAUCACUAUGUUAGAGACUGGAGAAUCGGUUCCUACGAUAAAUUCUCCGUCCAAGAGUGCAUCUCCUGCCAAAGAAAAACCCUCCAAAUCAGAGAACCUCACGGAUGAGAAACGUAUGAAGAGAUUAGCCGCGCGGUUAAGGAGAAAGUCCCUAGACAGCGCUACCAGUUCUGAGCCCAUGAAAAUGCUAGUUCGACUGAGUUCACUAGAAACCAAAGUAGCGUCUGCUUUAGAACAUCGUAAAGACCUUACAAAUUCCUCUGAAUCUUUGAGUCAGGUAACCAGAUCCACAGAAAGUCCAUCAUCUUUCAAUGAGACACAAGAGAAUUCUAAUAUCGGUACGCAGUCACAAAGACAUUUAUUAGAGAGGCUACAAAGUCUAGAAAACGUAGUGAUACACUCUAGAAAUAAAGUCAAUGAAUGUCUUUGCCAGAUGAGUGCGAUGAGAGCAGCGAAGUCUAGAAGAUCACCCUCACCGAGUCUUGAAAAGAAAUACAGUCUAAAAUCUAUGGAAAAGUGCUUGGCAGAUGUUAGUAAGAGGCUACAGGAAUGUUUUGAUAAGUGUGUCGUUGACUGUGACCAGAACCCGGACCAAGAAGUGAAUGACAGCGUUGCUCAAGUGGUCGUUCAAUUAGAAGAACAAUUGAGAACAAAACUUCUUGAAAUUUCUAAGAAAAAGGCUGCUUUGUAUGAAGCUGGUGAACUUACGCAGAGACGAAGCCUAGAAAUAUUAGCAGAGAAACUAGCGUAUGAGGCAGUCCUUGUAGGCCGAAUACAAGAGGCGCUUGAAUCAUCAAAUGGAAGUAGAUUCUUCGCCCGAUUGAUUAAGUCUGAAAUUAUUGAAACUAGUCAACUAAUAGAUAACCUUAAACGGAAAAUAAAUGGCGAUAGUGGCCGGAGCGGCGUAGGAACGAGGAGUUCACUGGAUUAUCUAGCGAGGAUUCUCACGCGAAAGAUUGAUGUAAACGGAUCCCGGGAAUCACGUGAUCAGCGUCGCUCUGAACUUAUUAUACACGGUGCUGACUUGGAAGCUUUAAAAGUGUCCCAACGUGAAGUAGCUGAUGCAGUUGAGCGUUAUAAGAGCGAAAAACUCGCUGAGCUAUGCUCUGCGUUGGCCUGUGAAACUCUUAGCUACGCGACACCCACUGACACAGAUACGGAACAAUUACGAGCCAAUAUGGAGGCUGCACGUGUUCGUGAAGCAUGGGCUGCAGCAAGAGAUGCUUUAGGCGCUGAAUUAGUCCAAGCUGAAGUUACAAGGGCAUUAUCACGAGCUGCUGCUCUUUGCGAUCAGCGACUGGACCAAGCUCGUCACGCUCGGUUAACGCUCACUGCUCAAGAUAGAGCCGAUCUAGAGUUAUGGUGGCAGGCAGCACACGAUCACCUGCGCUGUGAAAUGGACGCUGCCGUUAAAGACAUUGCGGCACGAUACCGUUCUUGCCUAACUAGCGACCGUCGUACUAAAGAACCAUCUCCAGGACUAGACUCGCGAGCACUGUUACAGCAAUUAGCCGAAGCUUUAGCUCAGAGAGCUCUGGUCGACGCUCGAGUUGCCGUCCUAGAAGGAACUUACCGUGCUUCAUCACCUCCGGCCGACAGCCCUCGUCGUUCAUCGGAGGACGCUCUCUCUUCCUUGGAGGCCGAUCCGGCCCAGGAGGCGGAGUUCGUUUACCUGUUUCAACGUUUCUCGACCGAGUGCCGAGCGCUCUUCUCCAGUGACUGUUCGAGUAACAGUGAAGACUCGAUGAAGAUCGGCGAGAGCCUCGAGCGGGUGGAGGCGGCGGUGGCGGAGGUGCAGAGGCAGCUGGCAGGAGGGGAAGGCAUCGAUGCACCCAGCGCCGAUGGCUCCGGCGUCCUCGACCGCGUCGAGGCGUUGCGCCGCCGCGUCGAAGCUCUGCAAGCGCUGGUGCCCUGCCAGCACUGCAAGCAGCUGCAAGACGCGUUGGACAGAUUGCACGAGGAGCGAGCGCGCGGCGAGUGCGCCCUGGCGCAGCAGGCGAGCGCGCUGGCGGCGGCGCGGCGGGCGCGCGCGCAGCUGCAGGCGCAGCACGAGCGCGAGCGUGCCGCGCUACGGGAGCGCGCACGCACGCUGCAGAGGCGCCUCGCCGCUCUCGACUCCGAGUACUCCGCGCAGCUCGAGAACUUACGCGCUGCCUAUCAAAGCGCUGUGGCAGCCGACACUCACGGUGAUGGUUUACGCGCCCGUUAUCAACAGGAGAUCGAGCAACUUCGAGCGCUCUGCGAGAAGGGAUUACUGGCUAUGGAGAGUUCGCACCGGCGUAUCGUACGGGAAAUGGAAGAGAAACACCGCGCCGAGAGAGAACAAUUGAGACUAGACAAAGAGCAAGCCCUAGCUGAAGAAACUCGUGCAACGCUAGCCGCGUUAGACGCGAUGCGCAAGGCGCACGAGAGCGAAGUACGACGCGAGGUGGACAAGUUUAAAGCAGAGUUCCUCAGCCGCGGCGUGCAGGGCGGGGAGAGACAACAGCUGAGUAACAGACACCAACAAGAGAUGGAGGAAAUAAAGAUGGAGAUUCUAUCGCUAUCAGAAAAGUAUUCAGUGAAGUGCGUGGAGUCUGCCGCGCUUGAAGAGCGCCUCUCCACUGCUACUGCGCAACUUGCGCAGGCGCAUAAUCAUAUCAUGCAGUUAGACGCCAGAAACAAGCAACUCCGCGCGCACUUGAUAUCGGAAGCGAACGAUAUGAAGAACACUGAGACGUCCACCCUUUCGCAGCUCAUAGAGGACACUAACACGCAUGGGAGUGGGCGCGAGGCGCCGCUGUGGCAACACCUGCGACGUCUGGCGACAGUCUGGCAGACUGGCAGAGCCACCAACAACACAGGCGAUGUCGUCAAGGUCGAGUCCACUGCUGGAGGCGGCUCGUCCAGCACGCAACAAGAUACAGUACGCGAAGACCGAGAGCACCAGAAACCUGCAACUCUCACCCGUCCAGAACUAAAAGCGACACAGCGCUGCUCGGAGAGCGGGCGCGAAGUGCUCGCCCCGCUCGCGGGUAUGGUCGCCGAGCGGAAGAAACGCUUCGAAAUGCGAUCGACACAUACUUCUACGACGUCACUGCCGUGA